UCCUUCCCGGCUCGGCCCCGGCGGCAGGGCUGCUCCCCUAAAUGGGCCAGGGAGGCGGAUUAUCGCCCCUGCUCAUCUGCAUUCGCCCUCCUCCCGCUCCUCCCCCGCUCCUCCUCCUCCUCCCGGCCGCGGCUCCAGCGGUGCCGGGGAUGGCCAGCGCCGGGAGAGCCCCCGAGCCGGGGCUGCCGAUGCCCCUGGAGGACGGGGACCCGCCGAGGGGACAGCAGGUCAGCGGUGAGGCCGGCGGGGUCCCCCGGCUCAGGGGGAUGGGGGAGCCCUCGCUGCGGGGCACGGCGCAGGCGAUGGCACAGCGCUGUGAGCCGGGGCCAGCACGGGGCGAUGGGGACGUGCCCCCCGGGGCAGCCCCACGGCAGCCCGAGGAAGCCCUGAUGGCCGAGCUUUCGGAGCUGGUGCAGAGGGUGGUGAAGAGCAGCAGCUGGUGGGAGCGGCACGGCGUGGACAUCAGCAUCCUUGCCUGCAGCUUGCUGCUGCUGCCAGCAGGGUUCCUGUGCCUGCGGUCGUCCCAGGCCGUCCCUUUCCUGGCGGGUGUCCUCACCCUCGGCGUGGUGCAUCACACCCUCACUGUCAAGGGCAGCCACCUGGCCAGCCACAAUGCCUUGACUGAGUCCAAGUCCUGGAGCAAAGUGUGGGCUGUCUUCUUCAUUGAGCUCUGCUCAGCUUUCACAGUCGAGCAGGCCACGUACAACCAUGUGAAGAUCCACCACGGCUACACCAACAUCAUUGGGCUGGGGGACUCCAGCACGUGGAAGCUUCCUUUCCUGAACCGCUACGUCUACAUGUUCAUGGCUCCUCUUGCAGUGCCCAUCCUCACCCCUCUGGUUGCACUUGAUUUAUUGAGGAACGUGGAGUGGAAGGCAGCUCUCCGGACCCUCUGCUGCAUGUUUCUGGGGUUUUACUGCCACUACUGGCUCCUGCUCCAUGUCUCGGGCUUCCAGUCGCCGUGGUCUGCCCUGCUCUGCAUGCUGGUCACCCGCUCCCUGCUGGCCCACCCCUACAUCCAUGUCAACAUAUUCCAGCACAUUGGCCUCCCCAUGUUCGCGGCCGAGCGCAAACCCAAGCGGAUCCACCUCAUGAGCCUGGGUGUCCUCAACCUGCCCCGCAACCCCCUCCUCGACUGGUCCUUUGGCCACUCGCUCAUCAGCUGCCACGUGGAGCACCACCUCUUCCCCAGCCUCUCUGACAACAUGUGCCUGAAGAUCAAACCCGUCGUCUCCCAGUACCUGAAGCAGAAGAAGCUGCCCUACAACGAGGACAGCUACAGCUCCAGGCUCUGGCUGUUCCUGCAGAGAUACGAGGAGCUGAUGGUCCAUGCUCCCCCCAUAACGGAGCUGGUGGGCAUCCAGUGAGGACCACGGGGGCUGCGGCACCUGGGGGGCUGUUUCCCACAGGGACAUUCGGAGGGAUGGUUUGUGCAGGAGCCAGCACCUCCAUGAAGUCGUGGUGUAGGAAACAUCCCUCCCUGAACUCUUGCUUUUGGCUAGGAAAUGGUGCACAGAGCCAUUGCAGGGGGAGAGCCGGGUGGUGCAACACCAGGGACACAAAAAUCGGGGCUCCCCACAGUUAUUCCCAGCCAGGGCUUACUUUUAUCCACUCUGCUUUGACACUUGGGGAGAGGAAAGCACCCCAUCCAUGGAGGAUGUGCCACCACGUCCAGGACAUCCAGACCUGAGAAGCACCAGGAUCUGCAGGAUGGAGCUGCAGCUGUUUGUUUGGGGUCUCAGGGAAGGGGUGGAUGUGGGGAGGGGGCUGUGUCACUGCUGCUUGUGCUUUGGGCUAAAUCAGCCCCUUCUAGGAACAAAGAUUUGUUUCAAAGAUGAGUUCAGCCUUACCACUUUGGGGUGGAUUUCCUUUAUCACUGUUUUUUCUUUUUUUUUGCUGGAGGAUGUCUUACUGGUAUCCUGUGGGGGCAGGAGUGGGGGCAGGACCCUCACCUGGGGGUGUCUGUGCUGAGGUGGCCCCUGCUCAUUGCAGGAAUUCAUCAAGGGAAUGAUCUGCCAGGGCAGCAGCUGUGCAGGGCUUGGGAGCUCUCCCUGUGUGGGGAGGUGAGCUCUGGCCCUGUGCUGCUGCUGCUGGGAUGCUCAAGCUGUGUCUGUGUUUGCCAGGGUGCUCUGCUGGCCCAGACCUGCCAGGCCCCAGCACUGCACGGUCCAGUUUUUGGUUCAGACAACAUCCAGGCAGACCUCCUGUCGCUCUGGUCAUGCCCUUACUUGCUGCUCUGAGGUGUGGGGUGUGUUCAAACCGUGGGCUCUGAGCAGUGCCCCGGCUGGAGGGGAUGCCAGGGCAGGUCCAUGCUCUCAUUCCAUUGGGAAAGUGUCCCCAGCAUUGCACAGUCCAGUUUUUGGUUCAGACAACAUCCAGGGUCACGGUGGGGAGAGGCAGCAGAAGAGGCAGGUGGCCAAGCUGGGAGCAGUGUGCCUUUGCUCCCAACCUGGGGUUUGCUCUGUGAGCUGUCCUCCCACCCGGGCUGGACCCCAGCAGUGCCACACUGAGGAUUUGUGAGGCUCAAGGAUGCUCAAGGAUGCUGUGCCCUGCUCCUGAGAAGUGUCCCUGUGGCGUGGGGCUGCAGCUGGGGUGCCCAUGCCGUGCUCCAUGGCAUCCCCAGGCAGAGGAUCCAGCUCAGGACAAGGAGCAGUGCUCCUGGAUCUGCCCAGCGUGACCCCUUUGGCAUCAGAAAUGUGGAAUUACUGAUUUACCCCGGGCUGGGGUCCAGGGGCUGGCAUUGCCACCUCUGUCCAGGCCGUGUGGGUCAUGGAUCCAGGACGUUGUGAAACAAAAAGGGCAAAUUCCCAUCCUCUGAGCAGGGCCUGCAGGUGUGGCCAGAGCAAAUGGCCUGGAUGCUCUGGGGGGGCUGAGACCCUCCCCCCUUCCCCAAUUAACCCCAAGUGAGCAUCAGAGACAAGAUUAAUGUGACAAAUUAUGGGCAUUCCCAGCUCCAGCAAGGACACAAGGGAGCAUUAGAGGUGCUUUUGGUUCAGAGGUGCUUGUUGGAUCAGGUGGGGUGAUCUUAACCUCACAUGUUUGUGGGCACAAAAUGCUCUUUUGCCCUCUCUGCUGCAAGGAGCUCCAGCCCCAAAGUGUUCCCAGGCACUGGUCAGAGCAGCAGCUCUUUUCCCAGCUGGAUUUUGUGGAUGUUGUUUAAGGCCAUGCCGGCUGAAGGCAAGUGUUUGCAGGUCCCUCAGCCAGCAGGAGACAGCCUGUGAUUUGGG